AUGGUCGUGCCGUCUGCCUGAGGCUCUGCACACGGUUGGAGACGGAGCGACAACAAGCGCGUUCGAGGCAUUGUGUGGUGCAGCUUCGCCUCGAAUGGCGGCCGACAGGAAAGAGCCCGGAGCCGAUUGUAACGGGAGCACAAGGAUAACUGAACAAUAUUGGAUUAAAGGUGAUUUGCUUGAUUCCUGAGUAUGGCUCAGUUUGGAGGACAGAAGAAUCCCCCCUGGACCACGCAGUUCUCUGCUGCUGUUACGCAGCCAGGUGCGCUUGGUGUUCAGCCCUCGCUGCUGGGGGCUUCUCCAGCAAUGUACACACAACAGACAGCCUUGGCGGCAGCAGGUCUCACCACGCAAACGGCAACAGGCUAUCAGCUCACCCAGUCAGCAGCCCUUCAACAGCAGGCAGCAGCAGCAGCUGUAGCGUUACAGCAGCAAUAUCAACAGCCCCAACAAACCAUUUACAGUGUCCAGCAACAGCUGCAGCAGCCCCAGCAAGCCUUGCUUUCUCAACCUGCAGUGGCUUUGCCUACAAGCCUCAAUGCCCCACAGACAACUGCACAAAUCACCGUCUCUUACCCAACACCACGCUCUGCCCAGAAACAAAAUCAGCCCCAAAAGCAACGAGUCUUUACUGGGGUUGUAACUAAGCUUCAUGAUACAUUUGGAUUUGUGGAUGAAGAUGUUUUUUUCCAGCUAAGUGCUGUGAAAGGCAAAGCCCCCCAAGUAGGAGAUCGGGUACUGGUGGAAGCUGCUUAUAAUCCAAACAUGCCGUUCAAGUGGAAUGCACAGCGGAUACAGACCCUGCCCAAUCAGAGUCAGACUCAGCCAUUGAUCAAGACACCUCCAACUGUCAUGCAGUCUCUUACACAGCAGCCAUAUGGAGUCCCGCCACAGGCACAGGCCCAGUCUCUCUUACAGGCUUCCAUGGCAGCAGCUCCCCUCACUCCCUUGCUAGGGGCUCAGCCCCAACCUUUACUCCAGCAACCACAACAGAAACCUGGGUUGUUGCAGCCUCCUGUGCGAGUCAUGCCACAGCCGCAACCUAUGAGAAGGGUUGAGCCACCGUCCAGAUUCAUAGCUCGGCAUGAGAGAUUGGAAAUAUCAUUAACGAGGAAAGAUGAAAGAAGAGACCGAGACAGAAGGCGUUCACGUGACCGGUCACCUCAGCGCAAACGAUCCCGUGAGCGCUCACCGCGUCGAGAGAGAGACAGAUCACCCAGAAGGCAGAGACGCACUGCUUCUCGCUAUACUGUACAAUUUUCUAAGUUUUCCCUGGAUUGUACGUCUUGUGACAUGAUGGAGCUUCGCCGCCGGUAUCAGAAUCUUUACAUCCCGAGUGAUUUCUUUGACACUCAGUUCACUUGGGUCGAUGCUUUUCUUCUCAAUAGACCAUUUCAGCUUGGAAACCAGUGCAAUUUCCAUAUCAUGCACAAAGAGGUGGACCCUCUGGAAAAAAUCACAUCAGUGCUUGACCCACCUGACGCAGACCAUAUGUACAGUGCAAAGGUUAUGCUAUUGGCAAGUCCUGGAAUGGAGGAACUCUUCCACAAAUCUUGUGCUCUUGCUGAAGACUCGCAGGAGGUACGAGAGGGAUUCCAGCAUCCUGCAAGGCUAAUAAAGUUCUUGGUGGGUAUGAAGGGCAAGGAUGAAGCCAUGGCGAUCGGAGGUCACUGGUCUCCCUCACUGGAUGGGCCGAAUCCCGACACUGACCCUUCAGUUUUAAUUAGGACAGCUAUCCGCUGUUGUAAGGCCCUGACGAGCAUUGACUUGAGUGGUUGCACACAGUGGUACCGUUUUGCAGAGAUCCGUUACCAUCGCCCCGAGGAGCACCACAAGGGGCGGACGGUUCCAGCCCAUGUGGAGACCGUGGUUAUAUUUCUGCCGGAUGUUUGGCAUUGCCUUCCCACCCGCUCAGAGUGGGAAGCUCUCUCCCGUGGAUACAAGCAGCAGUUGGCUGAGAAGCUCCAGGCUGAACACAAGGAGGCUGAUGGAGAACAGGAAGAGGAAGAGAAGGAUGAUGGAGAGAGUAAAGAAAUCUCUACUCCUACACACUGGUCGAAACUUGAUCCAAAGACAAUGAAGGUUAAUGAUCUGCGAAAAGAACUGGAAAGUAGGAAUCAAAGCUCCAAGGGGUUGAAAUCCCAGCUGAUAGCUCGGCUAACAAAACAGCUCAAAACUGAGGCAGAGAAAGAAGAGCAGAAGGAAUCAGAGAAAUCAGAAAGAGAGGAUGAUGAAGAGGAAGAUAAAAGAUCUGAAGAUGAUAAAGAGGAGGAUGAGAAGAAACGGCAAGAAGAAGCAGAGCGUCAGCGGCGUGAGAGACGCUACGUACUACCAGAUGAAUCUUCCAUCAUUGUUCACCCUAACUGGACAGCUAAAGGUGGGAAGUUUGAUUGCAGUGUCAUGUCUCUCAGUGUACUUCUGGAUUAUCGAUUGGAAGACAAUAAAGAACAUUCUUUUGAAGUAUCUCUGUUUGCUGAACUCUUCAAUGAAAUGCUGCAGAGAGACUUUGGAUAUCGAAUAUACAAAGCGUUAGUUGCACUCCCAGAAAAAGAUGACAAAAAGGAGAAAGAGAAGAAAGAGCGGAAAGAAGAGAAAAAAGAAAGUGAGAAAAAGGAGAAAAAAGAAGAGAAGGAUGAAGAGACAAAUGAGCCAAAGAGCAAAAGAAGAAAAUCAGGAGAUGAGAAAGAUAAGAAAGAAGAUAAAGAUGGAAAUAAGAAAGAAGAAAAGGACCGAGAUGAGAAAGAUUUCAGAAAGAGGAAUGACUCUAAGGAAGAUGAAGAAAUGGAGGAGGAUGCCAAUCUGGAUGAUUAUGAUCCCUUGGAUGCAGAUGAUGCUGAAGAUGAAGAUGAAGAUGAUAGGUAUGAUGAAGACAGUAGAGAUCAAAAGGAUGACAGACGAGAAGCAUCAAGGAGAUCCAGAGAUCCCACAUCCAAAGAUAAGGAAAAGAAGCAGAUGUUCACAUUCAACAAGGAUCUCCUUCUUGCAUUUGUUUAUUUUGAUCAAAGUUACUGUGGUUAUCUGCUGGAGAAAGAUCUUGAAGAAAUUAUUUAUACUCUUGGACUCCACCUUUCACGGGCACAGGUUAAGAAGUUAAUUAAUAAGGUCGUACUACGUGAAACUUGUUCGUACAGGAAGCUAACAGAUGGCAGUAAAGAUGAAGUCAAAGUACCAGUGACAGAGAGCGAGGUGGAAUCUGACCAUUUGCUGGGAAACAAGCUGUUGUUGCCAAAUCUAAUAGUAAAACCAGAAGCUAAUGAAAAGACAGAAAACAACAAUCUGAUAGUGUACAAUGGAACAAUGGUAGAUGUGGGUAAUUUGCUGCAAAAAUUACAAAAAAGUGAAAAGGCACGAGCAGAAAUGGAACUUAAAGCACAGACUCUGGAGGCAAAGAUCGAGGAAGGGAAAAAGCAGAUAUCUAAUAUGGAAACUGCCAGCAGAAGCUUGUCUACAGAAAUGAAAGAAAACAAGAAAUACCUGGCCCGAGCUGAGGAAAAUCUGAAAGUGUAUGAGGAAGCCAAACUGCGUUUUGAACAACAGUUGAUUAACACCAAUAAGAAACUGUCAUCAGUUAUGGAGGAAAUUCACAGUGUCCUUAAAAAGGGGGAAAUCUCAGAUGAAGACAAAAGUAAAAAGUCAAAGGAAAAUGGAGCACCUGCAUGAUGUGGAUGUGUGAUGUAGAUACCUGGGUAGUCGACCAUAUUGUUAUAAAAUGAUUUUACUGCAUUGCAGUUGGCUGAACUACUGCAUGUGUAAUGGAUUUUUGUAGUUUUGGGGUGUGUUUGUAGAAAAAAAAAGAUGUACAGAGUUCUGAUAACUGUGAACUGUUUAAAAAAAAAAUUAGCAAAGGUGGAAUUCCUAACUGCUUCAAAGAUUAGUAGUUAGUCAACUGAAGAUACCUUUGCAUUGCUAAAUGUUUUUAGAAGAACAUUAACUUUUUAUGUUAAUAAAUUACAAGAAACCAGAUGC